GAGAGAAGAAGAGACAUACGACUCAAACGUCGAUGAAUAAAGUAGUCAGCCAAUGUUUCUCAUUGACUGUACCUAGGUAGAUACUAAAUUCUGACUGUUGGAUACGACCCAAAUCCUCUCCUUAGCGAAGAAGGCAACACUCCCCAUCUAUGACUCUGAUGUUGCUGUCGACAGAUUGAAAUUACAAGUAGGCUAUGGAUUGUGGCUCAUGUAGUGUUAAAGAGGGGACUUUCCACCAUCCCCUGGCGGUAUCUGUAACCAACAAUUGAACCUUCUGUACUCCACCCCGAGUCUCAAGUCAGUACAGGACUGAGUGCAGCGGGUGGUCCGCUGCGGGAGUGCCCAGGUCGCCAGACCAACAAAUGGUGUUCAUGAGUCUAAAGAGACUCAGCCUCUCUUUUCCCUCGUCACUGCCAACCAAACUAUGGACCGAAACGCCUUUACUUAGCCAGGGACUGGCGAAGGAAUGUUCAUGCAAGAAGACCGAUGCAACUGCUCUUGUAGGAUUUAUCCACCGUCCAAGUAGGAGACAUCUUCAACUGCAUGUGGUGUUGGCGGCAAUUAUGCUCACCUAAUUCGGGGUUCAAGCGCAGCGCUUUUGCACCCCUCGAUCCAAAAUUCCACAAUUUAGUCGGAGCAAGUAAUAAUCUUCUAUUUUGGACGUUUGUGUUUUGGAUUGGAGCUUGGAGCUUGGAGAUUGGAAGCACGCUGUCGAAGGACGGGUUGAAGGGCGGCUCACUAGACCUCAAAGUCGACCUCCCUCUCUAGCCAGGAAGUAGAGCCGCUGUCAGUGACCAACAGCCCCGUUUUGAAGCUUCCUAUAAUGAAUGAAACCAUCUCUCUAUGUGACUGACUAACUGACUGACUGACUGACUGACUGACUUAUUACCAAACCGUCUUUCUGUCCUUUGGUUAACUUCAUGACCUUUUCGUUCCCUGGCCUUUCUUCUUCUUCACUCAUCACCCUCCUCCGCCUCCCUGCUGCCACCUCGAAUCAUCGCACUGUAUCAGAAACCCCCAGGAACUUGGGCUCAAACAACCACCCUCCACCCAACGACCGUCCUCUCAAGGAACAACCUUACCGCCUUCACAUUAUACUUUCUCGCUGACCGGCCUCUUUUUUGUUUACAUCUAUUUGCGAUCUUGUUUUUGCAUACGAUCUCACGAAUAUCACGAGUUUACACGAAUUUCUCUCCCCCUUCUUUUUUCGACUUUCCGUCCUCGAAUCAUUGACCCUAGACGUGUGGCCAUCCAAUCCCUUCCAGCCCACCUCCCAUCUACUCCAAAUUCACACGUAUCACCCAGGCAAGCUUUCACUCAUUCACGGUGUGGAUAUCUGCACAAUUACAUCAGACGUGAAUGGGACCGAGGAAACACGACCGGGACCUUGAUAUCUCCAUUCCACUGUGUGAACAUUGAUCUCUGCAUUGAUUUACCCCGUCCCGCCCGGUCCAAGAAACUGCUGCCCUCCCAGCCAAUUACAUGCAAUAGCAAAUCUACCGGUGUUGGGAUAUUUCACAUCUUGUUGCGGGAAGAGAAGAAUUGAAGAGCAGAGACAGAGCAGAGACAGGGCAGAAAAGAGAGAACACCUCUCUCUGCGCGAGAAAAGAAGGGAACAGAAAAGAGGACAUUUCCGCCAUCUUCUCCAUUUUUCAACCUGUGAUCCAUUCGUUGCUGGAUUGCCCAGGUCAUUGAUUGGAAUUCUCAUUACGGAUUACAAUUUAUUCCAUGCGGAAUCCCCCACCAACAAUUUCAGCUUUCUGCCGCUUCUAGAUUCGCAAGAUCGAGCAAAGUCAAGGAAAAGAGGAAAAUCCCACUUCAGUCAUUUUUUCUGGUGGGCAGAGAUCUCUUUCCCGCGCACCUCCCCACCUUGAUUGAAGAAGUUGACGCUUGAGUCUUAUUUCUUAUUUAUUCACCGGUAAAACAUCACCAUCCACGCUGGGCACCGGGGCAAUCAACUGGGAUUGAUUUGCGAAACCCUACACACCACACACCCUGCGCACCUUACACACCUUGCACACCUCUUCAACUUUAUUCACGAGCCAAUUCCAGAUACCCAAAUCAGCCCAACCAACGCAAGCCCCUCCAGUCGCUCGUCAUCCCAUCUAUCCAUUUCCAUUACCUUCACUCAGUGCCAAUACCAACACCAAUAAUACCACCACCACUACCGCUACCACCGUUACUGCCCAUCAUACAAAACCCGUCCAUCUUCCAGCCUCGCCAUUUUUCUUCCUUGGAUUUUUCUCCCACUUGGCUUCUUCGGCUGCACAUCUGCUCUUUUGCGAGAUACCGAGCUGAUUCACAUUUCACACACGUUAUUGUAUUCCCGAACCCGUUCAAACACCACCCCAUUUCAAAUACAAACAACCCCUCUGAAUAAGUAUAUCGACCGUGCAAUCGUCGAUACAAUCAAGCAAACAUGUCUAGACAUGGCGCCCCGUCUCGAGUGACGGAAUUUGAUGAGCGUGAUACUUACUAUCGAGGGACCGCUCCCCCACCCGCUCAAGUUCGAGUCAGAGAGCGUGAUCAUGAAGAGACUAUUGACUUCAGCACCAGAAGAGGUCCAGAUAGACCCCGAGAGAGAAGACGUUCAUUGGAUUUCUUACGAGAUGAUUACACGCGAUCAGAACCAGGUCAAAUGGUCAUAAGAGAACGCGAAAGAGACACAUUUAAUGACGGCCCGCUUGUGCGACGAGCAAGAUCUCCUUCCCCUCCACGAUUUCGUGAGAGAAUCGUACGAAGUGAGGUGGGAGUCCGAGAGCCUUCUCCACCAGCGGAGAGAAUCCGAACACGAAUUGUUGAGAGAGAAAAGGAAACCCCAAGAUCUCCAUCACCCCCACCACAACUUCGCGCACGAGUUAUAGAGACAAGGCAGAGGUUUAGAGAACGUUCACCAUCUCCUCCAGCACCUUCUCCAGUUCGCGUUCGCGAGAGAAUUAUCGAGCGUGAAAGAGAGAGAGAGAGAACCCCUUCCCCACCACCACAAGUUGAGAGAAUUCACACCCGAAUUGUUGAAAGAGAGAGAGAAAGAGAACCUUCUCCAUCACCAUCUCCCCCACCAACUCCGCCACCAGAGAUUAUUCGAGCACCACCCAUUCACCGAGAAAUUAUUACACAUCAUCGUCAUAUCGAUCAUGGUUUCGAAAGAGCUCCGGCUCCAAGCCCACCCCCACCUCCUCGUCGUGCUCACACCCCCGCACCACCAAAAACCGAAAAGACUGAAAUCGAAAUCUAUCGUUCUGGCAACAAUACUGAAGUUGAUAUCACAAAAACAAAAACCGGUGGUCGCGAAAAGGCUAAAUCACCUCCUCCACGCAGAGAAUAUUAUGAUGAUUCCAUCUUAUAUGAGCAAGAGCGUGAUAAGCUACGUGUUAGAGAUACUCGUAUAGAUCUCAGCAGAAGAAGAAGUUUGAGUGCUCGUCCUGAUAAGGAGAGAGUGAAUCUCGAUAUCCGGGAUGAAGACGAAGCUGAUUAUUAUGCCCGCAAGGUUCAAGAAAGAGCCGUGAUUGGUGAAGCAUUUAACGGCGCCACAAAAGAUUGGUCAAUCGUUGAUGUUCCUCCUGGAACUGAGAGAAUCCAACUAGAUGGUGUUGGGGGAGGAAGUCAAGAAAUCACUUGGCAGAGAUACAAUGGUGUACGACGAAGCAAGUUCAAUCCUGAGCGUGAGCGCAAGAGAGAAGAACCUGAACGUGUCGAGAAGAGAAUUGAGAUCCGCGAACGUGAGCGAGAAGGUCCUAAUCGUACUAGUGAACAUAUCGAGAUUCGUGAGCGUCAAAGUGCUGCACCUUCUCCACGCGAAUCUUCAACUACUAUUGACAUCGACAUCUCCAACUCUAGCAGUCGUAAACCACGGAGCCAUGCCAGUGGACCAACAUACGAGAGAGAAAGAGAAUACGAACGUAUUGAGGAAAGCUCUGAUCGUCAAGUUGGCUUCCCAUUACCUCGUGGUCCACCAAAGAAUAGAAUGGGUGAUCUAUGGACUGAAAUCACCAAGGACUUGGUAGCUAAGGAAGCUAUCGAGGAGCUUGGUUAUGAUUAUGAAGAGACGGAAUUCUUCUAUUACAUUCUUCAAUAUCUCAGAUACCAAGAUGUCGAAGAACUCGUUGCCCUCUCCGAAACUGUCCGCCGCGAACGACAAGAUCGCAUCCGUGAAAUCGAACGUGAACGCGUUCGCAUUGAACGUCGUGAAAAAGAACGCGAUGAUUGGGAGCGAGCAGAGCGAAGAAGAGAACGAGAUAGCGGCUACGAUGAUGAGCGAAUCAUCGAGAGAGAAAUCAUCUGGGAUGAUCAUAGAAGACGCGAGAGACCUAGCAGACGUUGGUAAUUCUUUUCCUAUUGCUAGGAUCGGGUUAUCAAUGUGAGCCGGUCGAUUGAAAGAACCGAAAUUGCACAGAGGAAUUGCAGACGAACACGAGAAGAGAAAGAGGAAAGAAAACACUCCAACUCUCUACGAAUUUGAUGAAAUGAACCGACGAAACGAACGACAGAUGAAACAAAAUACGACGUUACGGCUGCUACAUAAUGACAUUUGCGCUUGUACUUGCUUGCACCUAGCAUCAACUCCCUCCUCACAUAGCGCAGUUGCAUUUCUUCAUUCCUUUCUGUUUGGGUUUUAAUUUAAAUUUCUUUUCGAUUGAUCGAUUCGGUCUCUCUUUGCGGGAUGGGUGGGAAGUGUCUUCUAUCUAUUCCUAGGUCAUUCUUGUUAUCUUACCUACAUACACACCUUAUAUUCAUCACCUUUUCUUCGCCGAGAAGGAAGCUCCUACGUGUUUAUUGGCAUGGGUAUGAAUAAAUGGAUGGAUGUACAAGAUUUGCUCGCUGGAGGAAUGGAAAGAAAGAAUGGAUGGACGGACGGAUGGAUGGGAUGGAUAGGCUUAGUUUAUUUCUUGUGUUUUACUUUUCAUUUUUCUCCUCUUUGGUUGCGUGUGUUUUUCAAUGGAUUGUAUUUUGAUUGCUCUUUUUUAUUUACUUAUGUGUGUUGGGGAUUGAGGGAUGGGGGGAGGAGAGGUCGAUUUGAAAUGAGAGAGGGAGAUGGGUGGCAGGCAGGCAGGCAUAUCUUUAACGAAUGAUUAUGAAAAUGAAAAUAUGAUUGAUACACUUUCAUGCGUUUGAAUUUUUUCAUUUUUUCCCCCCAUUAGAUAGGGCUCGAUUGGAUGAGAUAAUAUGAC